UUACCAAUCCCUCUCUAGUUUCUUUUCAUUCCUUCAGAAGAGUGAACAGUAUGAACACUACUUGUCAACUCAAAUACCAAAUCAUAGCAACACUAACUCAGGGGAUGAAGACUAAUUCCAAUCUCAUUAAAUUUACACAAUUACUCAUUACACUAUCUUUAUUUUCCUUCAUCUUUUCACCUUCUUCCUUAUUUGUUUUCCUCCAUUACUUCAAAUUCUAUUUCUCUACUUUACCUUUUCAACUCUAUACUCACAACAUAGACAAGAACAGCAUGUUCAUCCUUUGUAAUGGUCUCCUUGUUUUUGUUGGUUUAACCAAAUCUUUCUCAAGUUCUUCUUGUGAUACCGAUGAUGAUAAACCUUCCAAUGACUCACAAUAUUUAUCAUCUGCACAAUAUAUUGAAGUUGAAGAUGAAGAAGGUUCGCAAUCUCAUAUCCUCGAUGUUGAGGUUAAUAAGCCAAUGUUGGAGAGAGAAGGUGAGAAGAGAACGUGUGAAUUAGAUGAACAAGGUGCUGAAGAAGAGGAAGAAAAAGUAGAAGAAGAAAACAUAGAAAAGAUGAUUUUAAUAGGUGAAGAAGAAGAAGAAGAGAUGAAGGAGGUAGAAGAAGAAGAAGUUGAACUAUUUGAUGGAGACGACGAAGUGGAAGAUAAAGGAUCAGAAUUUGAUUUCGUUGUAAUUGAAGAAAACAAUAUAGAAGAAGAGGAAGAAGAAGAUUAUGUAGAAGAAGAAGAAGAAAGUUGUAUAUUAAGUACAGAAGAGUUAAACCAAAAGUUCGAAAAUUUUAUCAGAAAGAUGAAAGAAGAUCUAAGAAUGGAUGCUAGACGGCAUUUAGUAAUGGUCUGAUUUAGUUAAAAACAACGAUUAUCUUA